UGAUUUUCAUCCUUGUUUUUGUUGCUCAUAAUCUCGCUAUUUCUCUCUCGCUACAUAUGACCUGUUAGUUACUAUUUUAUGCUUAACUAAUUUAGGAAUUCCAUCGCCCCCCUUUUUUGUUCUGGAAAUUUACUACAUUCUCUCUUCCACCUCCGUCGCAUUCCUUGACAUUGGGAAGAUUCUCUCGCUAGCGGGGAAAUUCGAAUCCAGCACUGCAGCUGCAGCAUUACCAGUGGUGGUGUUCACUUUUGGCCACCGCUCAAGCCAUCAUUUGUCAUUUAUCCCAGAUUUGAAUUCUCGUCUAACCCGCCACCACGACCAUACAACUUAUCAUAUCUCACCUCCUCUUCCUCUUCCUCUCCCCUUCUCCCCUCUCUCCAACAUGUGCGCCGACCGCACCCCCGACCAAGAUCCCGAACCAUCGCCUCACCAAGACCCCAGCAUCAUUGAACCUGAUGACUUCGAUGACAACGACUCCACUUAUCCCGACUCGCUGGACGAUGCCAGCUAUACUUCCAGCCUCGCCUCGAGUGCGAUGAACUAUGCGUAUGAGAACGGUCGCAGAUAUCACUCCUACCACGAGGGUGAAUAUUUAUUACCCAACGACGAACAAGAGCAAGAUCGAAUGGACCUGAGCCAUCAUAUCUACCGCAUGCUACUGAAAGGAGAAUUGCACCGUGCGCCAGUCAAGAAUCCCGCUCGCGUCUUGGAUAUCGGCACCGGCACGGGGAUCUGGGCAAUAGACUUUGCGGAUGAACAUCAUGAAUCAGAAGUGAUCGGCAAUGAUCUCAGUCCUAUCCAACCGUCAUGGAUUCCGCCGAACUGCCGCUUCGAGAUCGACGACUUCGAACAACCGUGGUCGUACAGCAAACCCUUCGACUACAUCCACGGCCGCGAACUGGAGGGGUGCAUCCGCGACGUCGACCGACUGAUGGCCCAGGCCUACGCGAACCUCAAGCCACGCGGAUACUUCGAGAUCGCAUCGAUGGAGGUUAACACCUACUCGGACGACGGCACGCAUCACAAGGCCACGACCCUGCUAGAAGGCAUUAAGUUCAUGCACGACUCGGCGCGGAAAUACGGCAAGGAUAUGCAGAGCGUGCACGGAUGGAAGGAGAAGAUGGAGAAAGCGGGCUUCGUGAACGUGCGGGAGGAUAUCUAUAAGCUCCCGCAAGGCCCCUGGGCGAAAGACCCGAAGAUGAAGGACCUGGGCAAAUUCCACCAGGUCAACAUGCUGGAGGCCAUGGGGCCGUACUGCUAUGCGCUGUUCACGCGGGUGAUGGGCUGGCAGCGGCCCGAGAUCGAGGUCUUCGUCGCUGGCAUCAAGAACGAGCUCCGCGACCCCGGUAUCCACCUCUAUACCAAGGUCCAUAUAGUGUAUGGGCAGAAGCCGGAAUGACAUAUGUAUGAUGUUGAUGAUGGUGAUGAUGGGGUGAUUGAAUGGGCUACGCAUAGCCCGAUGAUGAUUUGGGUGUGGAUGCGUUCCGCUUCCUGUGACGACUUAGCUACCGCUAUUAAUGAGAAUGAU